GAAGAGGACGAGGAGGAAGGCGCCUCUGUGGCCGCGGCCGCAGUGGUCCGGGCGGACAAGCCAUGAGCAGUGGCCCCAGGGACGACCCUGCCGUCGCUGUCUGCUACUGAGCCUAGUCUUGAGACAGCUCGCCGCACCCUAGCACCCUCCACAACCGACACCCUCGCUCCUAGAGAAACAUGAUUCCAGUGACAGAAUUCCGGCAGUUCUCUGAGCAGCAGCCUGCCUUCCGGGUGCUGAAGCCAUGGUGGGAUGUGUUUACCGAUUACCUCUCCGUGGCCAUGCUGAUGAUCGGUGUAUUUGGUUGCACUUUGCAGGUCAUGCAGGACAAGAUCAUCUGCCUCCCGAAAAGAGUACAGCCUGCUCAGAACCAUUCUUCUGUUUCAAAUGUCUCUCAAGCAGUUGCCAGUACCACCCCACUACCUCCACCUAAACCAUCUGCUACUAACCCUGCCACUGUGGAAAUGAAAGGACUGAAGACAGAUCUGGACCUUCAGCAGUACAGUUUUAUAAACCAGAUGUGUUAUGAGCGAGCCCUGCACUGGUAUGCCAAAUAUUUCCCUUACCUUGUCCUCAUCCAUACCCUGGUCUUCAUGCUCUGCAGUAACUUCUGGUUCAAAUUUCCUGGAUCCAGCUCCAAAAUAGAACAUUUCAUCUCAAUCCUAGGGAAGUGUUUUGACUCUCCCUGGACCACACGGGCUUUGUCUGAAGUAUCCGGAGAGGACUCAGAAGAAAAAGAUAAUAGGAAAAACAACAUGAGCAGAUCCAACACCAUCCAGUCUGGUCCAGAAGGCAGCUUGGUCAACUCUCAGUCCUUAAAGUCAAUCCCUGAGAAGUUCGUGGUUGACAAAGCCACUGCAGGGGCUCUGGAUAAAAAAGAAGGUGAGCAAGCCAAGGCCUUAUUUGAGAAGGUGAAGAAGUUCCGGCUGCAUGUGGAAGAAGGUGAUAUCUUGUAUGCUAUGUAUGUUCGUCAGACUAUAUUUAAGGUUAUAAAAUUCCUGAUCAUCAUUGCGUAUAAUAGUGCUCUGGUUUCCAAAGUUCAAUUUACGGUAGACUGUAAUGUUGACAUCCAGGACAUGACCGGAUACAAAAACUUUUCUUGCAAUCAUACCAUGGCACAUUUGUUCUCAAAACUUUCUUUUUGCUAUUUGUGCUUUGUAAGUAUCUAUGGAUUGACGUGCCUUUAUACCUUAUACUGGCUGUUCUACCGUUCUCUAAGGGAAUACUCUUUUGAGUAUGUCCGGCAAGAGACCGGGAUUGAUGAUAUUCCAGACGUGAAAAAUGACUUUGCUUUUAUGCUUCAUAUGAUAGAUCAGUAUGACCCUCUCUAUUCCAAGAGAUUUGCAGUGUUCCUAUCUGAAGUCAGUGAAAACAAACUAAAGCAGUUGAACUUAAAUAAUGAGUGGACUGCCGAUAAACUGAGGCAGAAGCUCCAGACAAAUGCCCAUAACCGCCUGGAAUUGCCUCUUAUCAUGCUCUCUGGCCUUCCAGACACUGUUUUUGAAAUCACAGAGUUACAGUCUCUCAAACUUGAAAUCAUUAAGAAUGUAAUGAUUCCAGCCACAAUUGCACAGCUAGACAAUCUCCAAGAGCUCUCCCUACACCAGUGCUCUGUCAAAAUCCACAGUGCAGCUUUAUCGUUCCUGAAAGAGAAUCUCAAGGUCUUGAGUGUCAAGUUUGAUGACAUGAGGGAGCUGCCCCCCUGGAUGUAUGGUCUCCGGAAUCUGGAAGAGCUCUACCUAGUUGGUUCUCUAAGUCAUGAUAUUUCCAAAAAUGUCACCCUUGAGUCUCUGAGGGAUCUCAAAAGCCUUAAAAUUCUCUCCAUCAAAAGUAAUGUGUCUAAGAUCCCCCAGGCGGUGGUUGAUGUUUCCAGUCAUCUCCAGAAGAUGUGUAUACACAAUGAUGGUACCAAGCUGGUGAUGCUCAACAACUUGAAGAAGAUGGUCAAUCUGACAGAGCUAGAACUGGUCCACUGUGACUUGGAGCGAAUUCCGCAUGCUGUGUUCAGUCUGCUGAGCCUCCAGGAACUGGACUUGAAGGAGAAUAAUCUAAAGUCUAUAGAAGAAAUUGUUAGCUUUCAGCACUUAAGAAAAUUGACAGUGCUUAAACUAUGGCAUAACAGCAUCGCCUAUAUCCCAGAGCAUAUAAAGAAACUCACCAGCCUUGAGCGUCUAUCUUUUAGUCACAACAAAAUAGAGGUGCUGCCUUCCCACCUCUUUUUAUGCAACAAAAUCCGAUACUUGGACUUAUCCUACAAUGACAUUCGAUUUAUCCCACCUGAAGUAGGAGUUCUACAAAGUUUACAAUAUUUUUCCAUCACUUGCAACAAAGUGGAGAGCCUCCCAGAUGAACUCUACUUCUGCAAGAAACUGAAAACGCUAAAGAUUGGGAAAAACAGCCUAUCAGUACUUUCACCGAAAAUUGGAAAUUUACUAUUUCUCUCCUACUUAGAUGUUAAAGGCAAUCACUUUGAGAUCCUUCCUCCUGAAUUGGGUGACUGUCGGGCUCUGAAGCGAGCUGGUUUAGUUAUUGAAGAUGCUCUGUUUGAAACCCUGCCUUCUGAUGUCCGGGAGCAAAUGAAAACAGAAUAACUUAUUUUUCUUUAAAGUUUGACUGAAACACGCUACUACCAAAUACAGUAUAAAUAAUUAGGUAGUCUUAAUGCCUUUCCUUUUUUUUUUUUUUCUUUUUAACAAAAACAAAAUGUACACAAGAUUGAGUAAGGAGUAUGUAUAUUUUUAAUAAAAAUUUACCUGUAUUUUUUUCAGUAUUAA